AUGCCGGGCGUGGUUGAAAAGAAUGGAGGCGCUGCAGCAAGCGGGUUCAAGACCCUCCGUGUCAAGGAGCUCCACCCAACAUUCGGUGCCGAGAUCGAAGGAGUAGAGUUUCCGAAUCCGGAGGAGGAGCAGUUCAGGGAGGUGCUGGCUGCAAUGGCGAAGUACGGGGUAUGCGUGUUCCGAAAUACCGGCAUGGAUGACACCGCGCACGUCGAGUUUUCGAGGAAGCUCGGCGAGCUGGACGAUAUCCGGCCAUACAUGACAAACGGCCGGAAGAUGCGGUAUCAGUACUAUGAGCUCUUCGACGCCGGGAACGUAGACGAAGACGGCAACGUGAUUGAUCCAAACUCGCCCAAAGCACAGUACCAGAAGGGCAACGCACUCUUCCACGUUGACAGCUCCUUCAACCCGCGCCGGGCCUCCUACUCCCUCCUGCGCGCCUACGAGCUGCCACCCCCAGGCCACGGCGGCAACACCGACUUCGCCGACUCGCGCACCGCCUUCGACGAGCUCCCCGCACCCCUCAAAGAAGAGCUGCUCGAAAAAGACUACGCAGCCGCCCACUGCAUGGCGCACUCGCGCAAGCGCGGCGCGCCCGUAUUCUUCGCCGACAUCGACGUCGAAAGCCAGCCCAUGCACCUGCACAAAAUGGUGCAGAAGCACGAGGCCUCCGGCCGGAUGAACCUCUACAUCGCCGCGCACGCGCACCACAUCGAGGGCCUGCCGCGGGAGAAGUCGGACGAGCUGCUGCAGCGGCUGAUGGAGCAUGCGACACAGGAGAAGUACAGGAUUAGCGUGCCGUGGGAGAACGUGGGGGACAUGAUUAUCUGGGAUAAUACGUGCGUGAUGCAUAGGGCGGGCGGGGGCACGUUUGCGGGUAAGUAUAGGAGGGAUUUGCGGCGGACGACGGUGCAUGAUGCGAGUAGUACGGCGUGGGGGCUGAAUGAUCCGACGGGGGCGAAGAGGCCUGGGUUUAGUCUGGGGAGUACGAAUCAGGAGCCUCAGCCGGUGGCUACGUGA